AUGCAGCCCUCUCCGCUGACAUUCCAGCCCCCUCAGCAGAACCCCUGGACUCUGCAGCAAACUCUACUGCUGUCCGUGGAUCCAGUGCAUCACCACCACUUACCUUCACCGGGUCAGCAGCAGCGACCCGAGCCUGCUCCUCACGCCGCUCCAGCGUCCCCGAGCACACAGCGUGGGUUGCCCGGAGCUGGGAAUCAACACCCCCACUCCUCUCCAUGUGUUCAGCAGCGCCCUGGUUCGGACCCAUCCCUGGAUGAGCCCGCUGGUUCUGGCCAUGGACACCGAGCGCCCUCUCCGCGGCCGCGUCCACUCUUCGCCCCGACUACUUUGAUUGUUGGAGAUUCCAUCGUGAGACACGUCCGCUUUUUUAACGCGGUCACUCACUGCAUUACCGGAGCCACUGUUCCAGACCUGCUCAUCCGUCUCCCUCCUCUGCUUCAGUCCCUGCCUGAUACCAUUUCAAAGGUAAUCGUGCAUGUGGGGAUCAACGACAUGAAGCUGCAGCAGUCCGAGGUCACAAAGAAGCAUUUUAUGGAUCUAUUCCGCCUCCUCCAGUCCUUCGGGUUUGCUCCCCGAGGGGGGCGUGACUGUUUACAUCCGAGGCUUCUCGGCCCCCACCACCCCCCUCCUCCUCCUCCUUACCAGCACCGGAGACUUGAGGACUGGGUUGGUGUUGCUGGCACCGCCCUAAGCUGGUUUAGGUCCUAUUUACAAGACAGAAAGUUUUUUGUGGAGAUCGAAAACUGUACCUCAGACCACUUGGCCCUGACCUGCGGAGUGCCACAGGGGUCAAUCCUGGGUCCUCUUCUGUUUAAUAUUUACAUGUUGCCUCUAGUGUUCAUCAUGGCGGCAGGACUGCUGGUCUACCCCUUCGGCCUAAACUCCACUCUAGUGCGGUCAUUCUGCGGAGACGCUGACAUCUACUAUGCCGGGGAGUGCCAGAUCGGCUGGGGAUACAUGCUGGCAAUUGUGGGUGUCAUGCUCACCGUUUUCUUGCCAUUUUUUGCCAAAUAUGCACCAAAAGAGCAUCUUUCACCCACCCCACUGCCCACAUUGUUAUAG